UUCCUGAUCACACUCUCACACUUUCACUGCAGCAGAGGGUUUCACAGAGUGUGUGUCAGUGCUUUUACUGCAGUAACGGACCUGAGUACUUCCUACACCUCUGACAGGUGGCAGCAGGAGGCUCCUCCCUCCUGAUCCUCCUCUCUGAGCUCCUACAAACCUGACCUCAUUUAACACUCGCAGCACAUCCAGAGAGUGUGUGUGAGAGCAAACACACACACACACACACACACACACAGACAGACAUACACACACACACAGGUGAACUCAGGAGCCAUGUUGGCCCUCUUGGCUGCCGGCUCCGUCUUCUUCCCCGGACUCUUCCUGCUGUCCAAACAGACUCUGAAACACAUGAUGGGAUGGAGGGAGGGGGACGCUGCCAUCGUGUCGACACGUCUGGUGUCGUCCAUCCAAGCCGUCAUGGCCUCAUCAGCCGGAUGCAUCAUCGCCUCGUCCUGCAGGGACGUCGUGGAGGACAGUCAUUGGCUGACCGACACCUACAUCCUGUUUGCCACGCCUUACUUUGCCUACGACAUCUACGCCAUGUUCCUGUGUUACUGGCACAAGCUGCAGGUCAAAGGUCACGAGGAGGAGGAGGAGGAGGGCGGGGUCAGGUCGAUGGGAGCUGCUGUGGCCGGUUACCUGCGCAGAGAGCUGCUCAUGGUGCUGCAUCACGUCUUCAUGGUGGCCUUCUGCUUCCCCGCCUCACUGCUGUGGAGGCAGGGUAAAGGUGAUUUCUUUCAGGGCGUUCUGUUCCUGGCUGAGCUCAGCACACCGUCCGUCUGUCUGGGGAAAGUCCUGAUCCAGUACAAGAAGCAGCACACUCUUCUGCACAAAGUCAACGGAGGCGUCAUGCUGCUCACCUUCUUCAGCUGUCGGGUGUUACUCUUCCCGUACCUGUACUACGCCUACAGCAGGCAUGCAGCCAUCCCGGUGUACGCGGUGCCCCUGGUGGCCCCGUGGCAGUGCAACCUGGGGGCCGCCCUGCUGUGGCCCCUCCAGCUCUACUGGUUCACGCUGAUCUGCAGAGGAGCUCUCCGCCUGUUCAUCGCAGGGCGCUCAAACUCACCGCUGCCGACUUUUAAAGCCGAGCGCGCCGGCUGCCUGACCCCGAGUAACGGCUGCACGUCUCAUCGGGAGGACGGACCGGAGGGGAAGAAGAAGACGGGAAGUGACUCCAACCUUCAAUAUGAGCUGAGACAAAGAGGACAGAUCAGGUGACUGCAAAGGUUUUGUUUACUGCAGAUGAAACCUGCGAGAAGACGAGUGUUUCUCCUCUUUAGAUGUGAGAGUCAGAGCCAGUGAGUGACAGAGGAGGUGCUGAAUGAAAGGACGGGCUCCAGCUUCAAAUGGACAAAGUCUCAUGACUGAAAUUAAAGAACAUUAAAAGGCCAUCGUGAAGUUUUACCAGACGAGGAGCUGAGAGAAAUCAGCGUUUAAGGAAUUCAUUUAUUAAUUUACAUUUUGCCACGAGAGCCGGUCUCUCUCCGAAACUGUGACGACACAAAACGACGGAAACAGUUUUUGAUCAGCGUGAUCAAUACUGACAGGAUGGACAGUUUCAGGACGAUAGAAAUGCACCAAUCUGGUCACAGAUAUUCUGUAAAUAUUAACAUGUUUUUAAAAGCAGAUCUUUAAAACAUUGUCCUUUAAUUGGUUCGGCUGAUUAACUCCGAUUAUUUAACAGAUCUAGAAACAUCUCAGACGUCUAUGUUGAUGUAUUUAACGGAUUAAAGUGUAAUUACACCUUUUAAAGCGACUUUAAAUACAGCUGUUGUCUUGUUCUUCUUCUCCAUACAGUUCAGCUGCUCCACAUUAACACUCAGACUUAUUAAAACUGAUUUAAAAACCAGCAUCAUUUGAUUCUGAACUGUUGUUUGACUUUUACAGUAAAGUACUGUUACUCCUUCA